GAAACAUAACCUAACUUUUAAAUCGUUCUGGAAGUUCUCCUGGACUAUCAAAUUGGUUUACACGUGCGAAUUUAAAGUUAUCGGGGCCUAAAUCGAAAUUUUUUUAUUUUUCAAGUGCUUUAAAGUGUAUCACUAAGCUUUCGAGAUGCCUGACAAAACUGAAGCGUACGAUGCUAUUUUGUUAAAUCUUGCACAGCAACAUGAGGGAGGCAUUAGUGACUUAUUAGAUACCCUGUUCAGUUUUCUCGCCAGGAAGACCGAUUUCUAUGUAGGAGGUGGAAAGAAUGCUGCAUUUGAUAUGGUCAAGGAGAAAUUUACCAAGUAUGAAACUCAAGCAUUAAAUGAGGAGAAGAAGAAGAAGGCAGCUGCUGAGGAGAACGAACGCAAGCGGAAAGAACGUCUUGAAGCUCAGAGACAGCAGGAAGAAAGAGAUGAAAUGCUAAGACAGAAAGCAUUCUCUGGCGGUGAUAUUCAAGGAGGUUCUAUCAAGGAAUUGACCGAUGAAGAAGCUGAAAAAUUGCAGGCUGAACUAGACAAGAAGAAAUCUCCUGAACCUGUUGAAGCGGAAACCACUGCAGCCAAAAAUGAAGAAGAAGAUCCAGACGAUAAGGGUAAACUGGCUCCUAAUGCAGGUAAUGGUUGUGAUUUACCUAAUUACUCUUGGACCCAAACACUAUCAGAGAUUGAGUUAAGGGUGCCUUUCAAGGUUCCAUUCAAACUCAAAACAAGAGAUCUCAUCGUCAAAAUACAAAAGCGUCACCUUGAAGUUGGUAUCAAAGGACAGCCCCCUGUCAUCAAUGGUGAACUAGAAUGUGAAAUCAAAUUAGAAGAGUCUACAUGGGUGUUAGAGGAUAAGAAUGUAGUUCUCGUAAGUCUAGAGAAAGUGAACAAAAUGAACUGGUGGUCUAGGUUAGUUACAACUGAUCCUCAAAUUUCUACCAAGAAAGUAAAUCCAGAACCUUCAAAGCUUUCUGAUUUAGAUGGUGAGACACGAGGUCUUGUGGAAAAAAUGAUGUAUGAUCAAAGGCAGAAAGAAUUAGGGUUGCCAACUUCUGAAGAGCAAAAGAAGCAGGAAGUGAUGAAAAAAUUUAUGGAGCAACAUCCAGAAAUGGACUUUUCCAAAUGUAAAUUCAACUAGUCAGGGCUUCUUUCACUAACAGACGACUGUCAUCCACUUCUAAUUACUGCUCUUGCCACUCAUGUUAUUAGAGGUGUGAUGAGUCAUUGCUCCAAUAUUGUCUCUGAAGCUUUCAAGAAAUACUGCCGAAUUCUUUUCCAAGGCAAUUUUUUCUGAACCUUUUUCAUUCUGCUAAGCGUCUUUAAUGGGAAGCAAAUGAUUUUUGCCCAAUAGACUUAUCACUGUAACACAUUCUUAUUCUCUAAGAUUAAAACCAGUGUUGCAAUUGUAUUAUCAAAAAUCAAGGUAGCCAUCAGGUUAAUCUGUUACCUACCGACUUUUUCUGAAACUAAAAUAAGCGUACCGUAUAAUUGCUGCGUAAUUGAUUCUUGAAAAUAUAACUUUUUAUUUCCAAAAACAUGUGAUAUGUAAAAGUGGGAUUGAGUACUUACCCUCUUUGGCGUAUCUUCAUUGUGUCUCCUCAAGAAAUGCCUUCAGUGUCCAUGUAGUGUAAAAGUUGCAGUUGCAACUUUUCCAUGUAUUACGAAACAGGCUGAGUGAUGUUAUGCUCAAUGUUGUUACCAUUUACAACCCUAUAAUAUAAGAGGGAACAAAAAGUUCUGCAAGAUAUGGUAACAAGGCCCAGAUUCUGAAACUCAUUUAACUUUCCAGUAAUGCAGAAGUCCGGGGAGAUUUGAAACUCUCGAAUAUUUUUAGUUUUUCCCCGAAAAAUCAUGAAGUUUUGUUGUGAGGACAUUCUGAACCAUUGCUAAUUUUGUUCAAGCAACAGCAAAAACAAUGCUUAAGAUGAGUCAAGUGAUUUGUUUGUAAGUCUACCAAAUGUUUAUCCUUUGGAUGACCAACAAACCAAAUUUCUACGUCAGAACUUCAUAGAUUUACUAUCUGUCACUGCUCAUUUUGGAAUUUUGACAGAUGGUUUGUAAUAAGCUCACCUCUAUGACAAUUAUUUAUUUUUGAAUGAGUAUUGAUUAUUUUUACCUUAUAUUUUCUUCACUUUAAAAUUGUAAAUUAUUUCACUGUAACUUUGCCUUUUUUUUUCUUCCUUUUUUGUAUAAAGCAAGGAAUUUAUUUGGUCUUAUGAAGUUUCUCAAUAUUUUUUAGCAUUGCUUUAAAAAGAAAAUUUUUGACUCCAUUUUUUGAGUGAGCACAGUGGCACAGUUGUUCUUGAGAAUUGAGCUUGUGAAACAUGCAUUUCUAACAUGAAUUUCUUUCCGUACUUCUUUUGUACAUCAUAAUUAAUAUUCCGUGUUUCUUGUGUGAAUGAUUAACCAGGUGUAGAUAUGCACACCGUUCAUUAAAUGUCCAAGUCAGGAAAUAUAAUUUUAAGAACAAAAAGGAGUCUAUUAGAGCUAAAGCCUCCAAUUCACUUCCCAGAAAUUGAAAUUUAGUUUUCUGUAAAUGUACCAGUCGUCACCCUCAUUACAUUUGCUCAUCAAUGGGUGUUAAGCACUAAAAAUAAUACCUAUGAAGCAUUGUACCCAUUAUGUUAUCAGAUUGACUCUACGAUUUUCCCAUGUAAGUAAAUACUGUCAGAGACCUACUCAAGUUUUACCCUUUGAGAUCGUUGUAAGACUACUAAAAUGUUAUUUAUCAAGCAUUUUUGAUGACUUAUGGGUUUAAAAUCAAGUUGCAAGGACUCUCAUUUCCUCUGAAUUGUUGGUAAUGUGAGAUAGUCCAUGCAUUGUUUUUUUUAAAAAUGAAAAGCUCUUCUUUUUGUAAUUUUUGAUAAUAAAAAUGGAGUAGCUCUGUAUUUUUCUUA